UCAUCACUACUCACACUCACUCGCUCUCUGAAGGUCUACUCCCAAACCACCCACUCUGUAUCUGUCUAUCUAAACAAUCAAUCUUUAUCUCUAUCACACACACAAUCACACCAAUGUCACCACCACCUCCACAUUCCUUCAAUUUCCUCCUCCUCCUACUCUUUCUCUUCCACCUAACCCUCACGCAGUCUCAACCACACCCAGACCUCUCUGCACUCCUAACUUUCAAAUCCUCAUCCGACGUCUCAAACUCAUUAUCAUCUUGGACAUCCUCCCAAAACCCUUGCAACACCACUUCCCCUUUUCUCGGCAUCUCAUGUCUCCACGACCGAGUCACUCGACUCGUCCUCGAAAACCUCAACUUACUCGGCCGAUUUGACUCACUCACUUCCUUAACUAACCUUCGUAUCCUUUCUCUCAAAAAUAACCGCCUCACCGGCCCCAUUCCAGAUCUUUCUUCUCUCACUUCACUCAAACUUCUCUUCCUUUCGAACAACCUUAUCUCCGGCGAGUUUCCGCCGUCCGUCACGGCACUUUCCGGUCUUUAUCGUCUUGAUCUGUCCCGCAACAACUUUUCUGGCGAGAUUCCGGCGAAUAUUAACCGUCUUAGCCAUCUCUUAACCUUACGCCUUGAGGAUAACCAAUUCUCCGGUGACAUUUCUGUUUUGAACUUGCGAAACUUACAGGAUUUUAACAUUUCCGGUAACUUAAUCUCCGGCGAAAUUCCGGCGGUUUUGUCUAGCUUUCCCUUAACCGCAUUCUCAAAAAACCGUAAUUUAUGUGGUUCGCCGAUCGGUAACUGUACGGAACCGAAAAUUCCCGGUCAGGCGUCACCAGUCACCGGUGAUGGAAACGGUAAAGCGGCGAGCACCGUCGUGGCAUCGUCGCCGAGCUCAGUACCGGAAACAACGGCGUUACCUAAAAAGUCAGGAAGUAACGGAAACCGUCAAGGAAACGGUAACGGAAGAAUUAGUACAUUAGCAAUAGUAGCAAUAAUAAUCGGUGACGUGUUAGUGUUGGCAUUAGUCUCAUUAAUUUUAUACUGUUACUUUUGGAAAAACUGUAAUGGAAAGUCAAAGAAAAAGUCAGCGUCCUCACAGAUUCUAGAAGGUGAAAAAAUAGUUUAUUCAUCAAGUCCAUACCCGAACCCCAAUCCAAACAUACAAACCGGAUUCGAGAGGGGUAAAAUGGUCUUUUUUGAGGGAGCAAGGAAAUUUGAGUUGGAGGAUUUGUUAAGAGCUUCAGCUGAGAUGUUGGGUAAGGGUGGCUUUGGGACAGCUUAUAAAGCGGUGUUGGAUGAUGGGAAUGUGGUUGCGGUAAAAAGGUUAAAAGAGGCGGCGAUUGGUGGUAAAAAAGAGUUUGAGGAAAGGAUGGAGGUGUUAGGGAGGUUAAGGCAUGUUAAUGUUGUGAGUUUGAAGGCUUAUUAUUUUGCUAGAGAUGAAAAGUUGUUGGUUUAUGAGUACAUGAGUAACGGUAACUUGUUUUGGCUUCUUCACGGAAACAGAGGACCGGGCAGGACACCUUUAGACUGGACCACAAGGCUUAAGGUUGCAGCAGGUGCAGCCAGAGGUUUAGUCUUUAUCCACCACUAUAGCAAGUCACUUAAACUCACCCAUGGCAACAUCAAGUCCACAAACAUCCUCCUUGACAAAACUGGCAAUGCCUGCAUUUCCGAUUUCGGUCUCUCUGCCUUUGCGCCUCCAACCAACGUCCCUAAAACCAAUGGCUACCGUGCUCCAGAACUAUUAACAAUGGACUCUCGUAAAACCACGCAAAAAUCUGAUGUGUAUUCUUUUGGUGUCCUUUUAUUAGAGCUUCUGACGGGCAAAUGCCCGUCGGUUGUGGACAAUGGUGGAACCGGAUAUGGUGGAGCCGUGGACCUGCCAAGGUGGGUGCAAUCUGUGGUUCGGGAAGAAUGGACAGCCGAAGUUUUCGAUUUAGAGUUAAUGAGGUAUAAGGAUAUUGAAGAGGAAAUGGUGGGCUUGUUGCAGAUUGCCAUGUCGUGUACUGCCGCUGCACCGGAUCAACGCCCUACAAUGGGCUAUGUUUUGAAGAUGAUCGAGGAGAUACGGGGAGUAGAGGUGUCACCGAGUCACGAAAUGCUUGACUCGGUGUCUGACUCACCAUCGGUGUCUGAUGACACAUGCCGAGCCAGUGAGUAGUUUGGAAUUUUUGUUUUUGUGUCAGAGAUCUGUUGCCAGUGGUGUAAAGUAGGUUUAAUUUUUGUUUUUAUUUAAUAAGUUUAGUUUAAUUAUUUUACUGUUUGACAAAAUUCUUUAAAGAAUUGUGUCUCAAUUGAGGCCUUUUGGGGUGCA